AUGUGAAAAAUAGAAAACAAAAAAAAAAACAGUUUUAUACAUAUAUAUACAUACAUAUGCAUUGCAUGACCAUGACUGAAAUUUAGCGAAAAUCUGAAAGUGUGAAAACAAAAACAAUUACUAAGUGCCACCCCGUCGGCAAAUGUGUGAUAAGUGUGUAGAAUUAACAAAAUUGACAGGUGCCAAGACUCAAACAACAAUACAUAAAACAAGUGCUUGACAAAUCUGAAAUAAUAAUUCUAUUUUUAGCAAAACAAUAAGCAAAGAGAAACAUAAACAAAUGGCUGAUGAAUAAAAACUAAGAACAGAAUCUAAAUAAAUAUGCGAGAGGGUAUUAGAGCGCAUUUCAAACAGUGUUGCAAGUAAAGUAAAAUUUAUUGAUUUUAAAAUACAAAAGAGCGCUAAAGUCAGCGCGAUCGAAAUUCAAGUCGACGAACAUAAAGUGAGAAAAGAUUUCAACAGUGUUUUAUUUAAAUUUGUGUGUGGGUGUUUCUGCAACACGGCUCAGAUAAGCGCGCUCACUUCCGUUUACCCACUACAGUGUGCUCCCCAUCCCCCCAAAUACUAUUACAAUCGAUACCACAUGGCCGACGAGAGCACCACCGACAGUCCGCGUCCCUUUCGCCGCGAACGUAAUCUAAGUAAUCGAAAUUUCGCCAAGCGCCGCUCCUCGCGACGCGUUAGUACUGAGAGCCACAGCUCAGUGGAGUCAUUUAAUCUAAGUGCGGCUGAGAGCACUCACACUUCCAGCUCAGUGAGCUCAGCGCACGAGCACAAUUCCAGCGCAAGUCACAAUCACAGUACGCCGAGUAGCAGUGGCAGUAGUGGUUCGCAUUCGCUUAGCGUUGCCAGUAGCCAAUUACAGUAUUCAUAUUCGGUACAUUCGGACACGGAAAGUGCUUUUUAUCGCGCAUCCACGCGUAGAAUGGUACCACCACCAUUGCCCAUAACUGGGCCACCACACAAUAACGAUGAAGAGGUGCCGGCGACGGCGCCGAAUCAAGAUGAUGGCGCUGCUGCAGAAGCUGAGCAACCACCUACGCCAACAGACCCUGCCUUGUUGGGUGUACGACAAAAAGUUCAUCGCUUUGAGACGUUAACAGCAGAGCAGCGUAUUUUGUUCAAAACGGGUCGUCAUCAGCUACGUAAACAACAGCAGUACAACACACAUACAGAUGCCGCGGCGUCAACCGCAGCUGAUGUGACGGCCUCGCCUGGCUUGUGGCGUGUCUUUCCGCCAGCGAUGCGUCGCUCCACACCUGAUGCGGAUAGCUCGGCAGGUGGUCGUCAUUCGACGGCUAGCUCUUUUCACACCUCCAUCGAUGAGGAACGUUCGGUGGACGAUGUGGAUGACUUCUCUGAUUAUGCAGAAGAUGAGCAUGCUGCGCCCGCAGCCGAAGCCGGUGUCGAUGAAGCGGCUGAGUAUCUUGUGCCCGAGGAGGCGCAUGAAUUACGCGAGGAUGUGGUGCCAUCACCGGUGCCUGGUUACACGCCAACACAUGAUGAUGAUGAUGAUGAUGAUCAGCAAGUGACAGCGCACGCUGUGGAAUUGGGUGUGGAUGAUUUUGGUAAAGUGGAAACGGUACGUCGCACUGUGUGCUCGGCCACAAUGCCGAAGAGUAGGACGAAAAAGCAGCAGCUAGCCGAAGAUGAGAGUGGCGCAACGACAGCGAGUAAAGAUUUUCCCAG